AUUCGUGACGGCAAAAUUUGGAGCUUGCAGCUUCAGCUUGUAUCGGGGAAAGACCAUUGAUAUGGGCCAGAUUGUUUAGGAUUGGUGUCGGUGGUGACUGGUGAGCCGUGAGAGAGUUGCAAUAGUCUUACUGAGUAGCUCUAACUGUGUGUUUUAGUCCAAAAAAAAAAAAAAAAAAGCUCUAACUGUGCAGCGAAGACUCGAGUCCAUGACACUUCUUUUCCCUCAAAGGUAGUAGUUAGGAAAUACUGUAGGAAGGAUUAUUUUCCUUCAUCUUCUUCUUCUUCUUCUUCUUCUUCUUCUUCUUCUUCUUUCUCAUCAUAAUCAUUGCAGUGAACUUAGGGUACUGUUUGGAAAUGAUUUAAGAAGGUAAAUCCGAUUCAAUCAUAAAACAAUUUACAAACCUAAUACUCAUAUCUCUCACUCUCUUUCACCCUAAAACCCUGAAAUAGUAUGGGAAUUUCUUAGAAGAAGAAAAAGAAGCUUAUGAGGGAGGAGGUGGAAGCAGUUUAGCAGGCAUUGAUGGAAGUAAUAAUCCGUUGCUGGGGCUUCAGCUACAUUAUUUAUCUCAUUAUUGUAACACUCACAUUCACUUCUCAACUUGUUAGGGCACAAAAUGCUGCCGCGUUAUGCCCCACAGGCUGGGAAAUUGGACCUCACCAGAACAAAUGCUUUACACUUGUACCAAAAACUUGUUCUUGGGACGCUGCUGAAUCACAUUGUAAGGACAACAACUACAAAGGUCAUUUGGCUGCUGUCUCUUCGGUUCAGGAACUAAGCUUCGUCCAGGAUCUAUGCUCUGAUAAUGGAUGCUGGGUUGGAGGGAGAGCUUUCAAUUCCACUACUCCUGGUUUUGGUUGGAAGUGGUCGGACUAUGUUUCACUUUGGAACGAGUCUGCUUUUGUGGGUGCACCACUAUAUUCAACUUGUACCAACUCAUCAACAUGCCAAGGGAAUAAUCUGACGUCUUUUUCGUGUUUGUUGGUGACUCAUAGCCCUCUUGGCGUUGUGGUAGAGAGAUGCAAUGAGACGAGGGAGUUUAUUUGCAUGCUUCAUUUAGAUGCUAAAUGUCAUCAAGGACACUGCCACAAGGAAUAUUUGGUCAUCCUUUCAGUUGUAAGUGCCUUGAUCCUUGUCACAAUAUUGGCUGUUGUGGUUUGGCUCCUUGCCUACAAGCGUAUCAAGAAACGCAGAAGGUCACAUAAAGUAUCUAAUCCUGCAACACGUGCUUUAGUACCUCCGUCAUGGAAGGUCUUUAGCAACGAAGAGCUGAGGUUGAUUACAAAGAAUUUUAGUGAAGGAAGCCGGCUUCUUGGGGAUGCUAAGACAGGUGGGACUUAUAGCGGAAUUCUUCUUGAUGGAACGAGGGUAGCAGUCAAGAGGUUGAAGCAGUCCAACUUUCAGAGGAAGAAAGAGUUCUAUUCUCAGAUUGGAAGGGUUGCAAGACUUUGUCAUCCAAAUCUAGUGUCUGUAAAAGGAUGUUGCUAUGAUCAUGGUGAUCGUUACAUCGUUUAUGAGUUUGUUGCUAAUGGGCCUUUAGAUAGAUGGCUACAUCAUAUACCAAGGGGUGGUAGAAGCUUGGAUUGGUCAAUGAGAAUGAGAGUUGCUACCACACUUGCUCAAGGAAUUGCGUUUCUACAUGACAAGGUGAAGCCACAUGUUGUCCACCGCGACAUCCGUGCCAGCAAUGUAUUGCUUGAUGAGGAGUUCGGGGCACACCUGAUGGGAGUGGGGCUGUCAAAAUUCGUACCAUGGGAAGUGAUGCAUGAAAGGACAGUGAUGGCUGCUUCAUAUGGCUACCUUGCUCCAGAAUUUGUGUACAGGAAUGAGCUGACGACAAAGAGUGAUGUUUAUAGUUUUGGAGUGCUGCUUCUUGAAAUUGUUAGUGGACGUAGACCUGCCCAGGCAGUUGAUUCAGUGGGUGCUCAGAGCAUAUUCGAGUGGGCCACUCCAUUGGUGCAGUCUCAUUGCUACCCGGACCUCUUGGAUCCACUAAUCUCCGACAUCCCUGAACUUGGUGUCAUACAAAAGGUGGUAGAUCUUGUAUAUGCUUGCACGCAGCAUGUUCCAUCAGUCCGCCCGAGGAUGUCGCAUUUAGUUCAUCAGCUGCAACAACUGGAAUUCAAAGCUACUAGUACUGCUACUAAUACCAUCAGCAGUGAGAUGGAUAGCAGUGCUACAAGGACAAGCACCUUUGACUCUCAAAUUCAUUCGCUGGAAGUAGAAGUUAGCAAGAAUUUAGUUUAAUCUUUAGUUUCUCUGUUACUGUUUUAAUAGGCUGUUUGGAUAGGAAAAAAAAGGUAACUUUUCAACUUCUGUAAGUCAAUAAGUCGGAAGUUAGUAUGGAUGUCUUGUUUACAACUUGACUUUUGGAAGCAAAGAAGCAGCUUCUAAACGAAGCAAAAAAUCUCGUCUUCUUGAUUCUAUCAGAAGCAGCUUCUUACUUCUCCUCGAUCCAUGUGUUAAUUAUAUUUUUAUCUUUUCGCUUAUCUUUCUUUCCUCUUCCCCCAAACCAUGAUUUAGAACUGAAAAUUUCUCAGUAGGGUGUUUUUAGCGGAGAAAACCCAUCAAUCUCAUUACGAAUUUAAGGGGGAAAAAGAUUGAAAUUCCCUUGGUCAACUUCUCAAAUCUCAUCCAUAUUCGCGUUGGUUUUUUCUUUUCUCAUCGUCGUCAUCAAUACUCCUCAGCUCCUGAUCAAUUUCUCAAAUCUCUUCCAUAUCAUACUAAUUAUGGCGCCCCAAAGAUCGCAGAUGGCUUACGAUUGAUGGGUUAUAGUCGAUUUUAAGAAAUGAAUUUAUUGAAAUGUGAUUGGACCACAACCGCCAUUGAAAUGAAUUUAUGUUGGGCAAAAGGAACAAUAAAACUGCCACUGCUUAGAUACAACCCCAGUUUCAGGGCAUAUAACUCCAUGUUUGCAUUCGUUCGCGGAGAACUCUCCAUGCUACCGAGGAAAAAACUGCUGCUCCUAGCUGAACUUGGAUAGCAUUUGUGCAUCUAAGAGGUUCACUACAUUGGAAUACCAAUCGUACUCUGUUAGGUGUACUAAUACUAACCCAAUUCAAGCUAGAAAAACUAAUCUUCCACUCUAUACUGCUACUUUGCUAGCUUCAGCUUCGAGUAAAGAAUUGUGUUGCGGUGAUUGACGGAACUCAUAUUAGUGCACUGGUUUCAGCCGGUAGAGCACAAAUACCAUUAGCAUUCAAAAUCUGUGUUAAAGCAAUGACAUUCACUUACAGAAGAGCGUCGUUUCAGGCAGAAGCAUUAUCUCUAGAACUCUCGUAUUUAAUCCGGUGUCGGCAGGUACCGGUAUACAAGUAUAUAUAAAUCUUCAUGGUAAUGAGAAUGAUAGUUCCGUGCCACUUAAAUCCGUAACAUUUUAUUGACAUGGAAUUUUGAAUAACUGUAAUGGCCUCUUCAUUUGCAGCAGUCUCCAAUGUGAUAGUAAGAAAUGUACAUCCUUAUUUUCUUUACCAUCUUAGAUGUAUAUGCAUGUACCUAAACUGGUCUUAGAAUUUAGCUUUGGUUUGUGGACUUUAAUGUUCAUUUUUGUUUACUGCUUGGUGUAGAGAAUAUUGCUGGGCAAUGGGCAUAGAGAGUCGAAGUCUUUUUUUUUUUUUAAUACACUGUGGUCACUUAUUUAGAUGUAUAAGAAGAGAUGUUUUCAUCAACAAUAAACUUGAUUGAUGAUUUUUUUAUUGACAA